AUGCCCUCUGGUGAAUCAGGAGAACUAAGACGCUUCCGCUCGACCAUUUCAAGCUCUAACGAACGCUCGUCUCACAGCCCUGUACGCUCUUCCGCGCGAUUAUUUAUGCAUGCAGUAAAGGACGCACGUAAAAGUGCACGACGAUCCAGUGAUCAAAUAGAAGAAAGUGAAGAUACGACACCUCGGAAUAAUAAACGACAGCAUAGCCCGUACACUGACCAUGAAUCUAGUUCAGAUCAGAAACGUAAAACUCGCAGAGUUGAAAGUGAGUCGGCAUUGGAACAGUCUCGUUCACAUGACGCCGAUAUAUAUCACUAUAACAACUUAUCUGUGGCCGUUGACAGUUCAAUAACGGAUCGUUCAUCGCACGACGGAUUUUCCCCUGAAUCAACACCACGUCGAGAGCAUGGGAACGAAUCACGCGCGGUCGAUUCAAGAUACGGCAAUAAUCAGCAUCGUAGUAUACUAGAUAGGCUUGGGAAGAAGGGCGGUAUGACAACUGCAUACAUUAAUCCUGCCUUUUUACAAGGCUCUAAUGUGACAUCGCCCGUCAUGCCAUCUGAUGUUCCCUCCGACAAGAAGGUCUCGAGAUGUCGUAAUUGGCCUAAUUGUGAUCUUGGGUCGUCCUGCAGGUUUUAUCAUCCUACAGAGAUAUGUCACAUGUUUCCGUUUUGCCCUAAUUCCCCAAAGUCGUGUCUUUUUAUACAUCCUGCUGAUCAAUCAUAUGGGAUGGGUCUCUUUAGCUAUGCAUAUGCUGCUGAGGCAUUUCCACGUGCAAAUGGAAUGUUUGGUAUGAACCGAAGCACAGUAGGCGAGAGUGAAAUUAAAGGUGUAAUUAGAGAAGGUAGUAGUGAACAUUCUGUGCAGAAUGAAAACAGCUUGGCUAAUCAGACUAGUGAUGUAACCACAAAAUCAACUACCACACCCUCAUUUACGGCUACAUUGAUGGCUACAAGCAUGAAUUCGAUGUCAUCCGAAUUAUUGGAUGUCGCUUCUAUUUCACAGACAGCUGUUCUGUGUAAAUUUGGAGACAAUUGCGCGAAUCCUAAUUGUAAAUUUGCUCACGAAAGUCCUGCCGCCAUAGGAAGUGGUAGUGGAUAUUUUACGACUCUUCUCGACGUGCCAUGUAAAUUUGGAAGUCGUUGUGUUAAUCCCAAAUGUCGCUUUUCUCAUCUUAGUCCUGCUUCAGCCAUUGACGGUCCUGAACCAUGUAGAUAUUAUCCCAACUGUGUAAAUCCAUCGUGUCCAUAUACGCAUAUUGACUACAAUGAGUCUGAGAAGCUAUCGGUACCGUGUCGCAACGGUGGUAACUGUAAACGGCCGAGAUGUCAUUUUCUUCACCCAUGGGACAAAAUAGAUGCCUCAAAAAUGCCGUGCAAAUUUGGUAUUCUAUGUCGCAGAUCAGAUUGCAAGUAUUAUCAUCCACAAGGUAAAGCUCAAACUGAUUUUAAUAAACAUAUCUCCGAACGCGCGUUUGCAGUCUCGGAUGAUUUAGUGGAGAGUUUGGUGCCUGCCGAAAAAGAUACGGUAGAGAUAGAAAACAAAACGGAUGAACCUAAACCAGACGAAGAGUCGAAGUCAUCUGACAAGAAAGAACAGGAAAAUGAAGAUACAACUAAUUUUGAUGAACUCAAUAUGGAUGAUGUCAAUUGGGAUGAGAUUGAUGAUAUAAUUAUUAAUGAUGGAGAUCCAGCUGGACACACUGUCUUUGACAUCUAA